AUGACGACCGACCUGCCGCCAACAGCCACUCGCGCUCGCUCUCUUCCCUAUCUUCCUCCCGAAAUCUGGAUGCACAUCAUAGGCUGCAUCACCGACUCUCGAUACAUACCACGAGUCUGGCUCAAUCUGCGCCUCGUGUCUCGGUUCUUCCAAACAGUCACGGAACGCGUCUUUGCCAAUUGCCACCUUCGUCGCAGCCGCCUCGAGUUUCUGGCCUUUGACCCUGUCACCGACGAACACCGCCAGCCGCGCGACCUCAACUUUGCCCUCGACUUUGAUCGGCUCUCGGACGAUGGUCUUCGCGCCGUUUACACCGACAAGGCCAUGGCCGGCCAGCACGGCACGAGCAGGCUCAUAGCCAGUGACGCGACGGUGCACGAUGAAUGCGUCAAGCAGUGGCGUGAAAAGGUCACUGCCUACCUGGCCCCGCCGCCCACCAACCGCUACGACGUGGCUCCGCACAUUCUCGUAUUGCGCCGCAUUGCCAAUGACACGGAGCUGCCCAACUUGCGUGUCGACUACGACCGCUUUGAAGCCUCUUUUGACUGGCGGCCCGCCCUCUCCAAGCUCUUCGGCGAGGAGGAGUAUCGCAAGUGGGCCGGCAAGCAGCACCCCGACCGCGAGUGGCGUGACAUUAUCAAGUCGGUCGAUUCGGGACGCAUGAACCGUAUCGCCCUGUCGAGGGCCGUCAUGUACCGCCUGCACGACCCGAAAAAGGUUGACUCCAAGGUCCGCCAGACGCGCAUCAAGCGCUACUACCGCGCCCACGGCCGCGAGAUGCAGCCCGGCUCCUUUGGCGACGUCGACUAUCUCUGCAAGACGCGCGAGGUCUUUGCCGUACGCCAAGACCUUCGACGCGCCUUCAUCAGCGACGAGUGGAUGAUGGGCGAUGGGGAGGAGGAGCGCAGGGGCACCUUCUACGACGAUGGUGCGGGCGUCGAAUUCCCGCAGAGCGAUCCCGAAGACGAGCCUGACGAGGACGUCAGCGCGUGGAGAUGCCCUUGA